AUGCGGAUGUUCGGCCACAAAGAGCUCCGUGGAAACAAUAUUCAACAUUUUAUGGCCAAUAAAUGUCGAGAAUAUUCCCAGAAUCGUAAACGUGGCAAAGAAACGUUUCCAAACAAGCAGGAAAGAACUCCAGGUGGAACAUUUGUCAUCUGGAGGUUUAAGAGAAGAGACAUGGAGUUUAUUAAAGAGGAGGUUGAAGACAUGAGUUCUACAGAACCAUGCACAGUGAAAAAUACAGAGGAACAGAGAGACAUGAUAGAAGUGAAAGAGGAAAGUCAAGAACUGAGUGAAGAGGAGGAAUACCAAUACCAGGAUCCUCAGAAUUUCACAACUGUUGAAGAAUCUUAUAGUUUCACGGAAACCAUAAAGAUAGUUUCACAAGAAACUCCUCAGAGACCAGAAGCCAAUUCUUUCAUCUGCCCUGAAUGUGGAAAGAGUUUCGCACAUAAAGGACAUUUUAACGAACACCUAAAAAUUCACUCUGGAGUGAAGCCUUACGUCUGCCCUCAUUGUGAAAAGGCUUUCACGUGUAAAGGACACCUUAAAAGACACAUUCGAAUUCACACCGGAGAAAGGCCUUACACAUGCUCUGAGUGUGGAAAGAGUUUCAAAUGUUCGACAAAUCUCAAAGAUCACCAGCGCUCUCACUCUGGAGUAAGGGCAUUUAAAUGUGAGCAGUGUGGUAAAAGUUAUAUUUUGGCGUCAAACCUAAAUGUUCACAUGAAAACUCAUACAAAUGAGAAGCCUUACGUGUGUGCUGUGUGUGGAAAGGCUUUUCUGCGCUUGGGCUGUUUUAAUGAACAUCAGAAAAUACAUACCGGUGAGAGGUCUUAUAUAUGCUUUGAGUGUGGGGAUACCUUUGUUAGAUCCAGUGCUUUGAAACAGCACCAAAAAAUUCAUACAGGAGAGAAACCUCACAAGUGUUCAUACUGUGGAAAGGGUUUCACUCUUUCAGGAGCCUUGAAAAGACAUGAGAGAGUGCACACCGGAGAGAGGCCAUAUCACUGCUCUGCAUGUGGCAGGAGUUUCACCCAAUCAAGUGAUCUGCAGUAUCAUAGAAAAAAGCCUUGUCCGAUGUUGCCACAAAACACUCAAAGUUCAUCUUCAGUUGCAGUGUAAAUUGUACAUUUAAUUGUAAAAAUUGAUUCUGAAAGUUGUCAAGAAAAUGUCCUGGUCAUAUUUACCCCCCAAAGAUAUAUUUUGCAUAAAGACGUUGAAGCCUACAUUUAGGACCAUUACGAGUUUUUUUGCAUUGUAACAAAAUGCAUAUAUUAAAUAAUCUUAAAAUUUAAAAAGUCUAAAUGGCUCUAAAAGCUCUCUGUAUCCAAGCAUAGUUGAGCCAAACUUGUCUGUCUCAGGACAGAUCAUUGUCUGAGAGACAUAGUUACGGUCAUAACUUUUGACCAAAUGUUUAGUUACUGCGUUUUGAAUUUGUAGAGCAGUACAGCACUUUAUGUACUUUGGUGAAUGAACUGUCUGUGACUGGUAGAACACAGUUUGUACUUGUUUGACAGAAAAUAUACAGGGAGUUAAAAAUAGUUAGUGAACUGGUGUUAUUGGUACCAUUUUGUGUUCAACGAUUGGGUGUAGCAAUAGUCCUAAAAUUGAUUAUUAUCACAAUGUUACUCUGUUAUUUCUCAUUCAAUUUUAUUUUAUGUUAAAUUUAAUUAUAUGUUGCAAGGUAUUGUAUAGAGAACUAAAUCACUUUUUUGUAUGCUUGAAUCACCAAUUUUACUAAAUCUGAGUAGCCAUAUAGCCCAUUCUUGACCAAUUUGACUCUCUGGAAAUAUCUGAAGUGGUAUGGUUGCUUGGGUCAUUCCAGUUUUAUGACUUUGUAUUUCAGAAAUCAAUUUAACCUGAACAUAUGGAUGUUUAUGAUUAAAAAAAAUUGCCUACAUUAAUAAUAUGUCCUAUAUUGUAUCUUAUAACCAAAGACACUAAAGCCACGUUCACACUGGCAGCAACAAAAAUACAUGAAUGGAGCGAUUUUUCGGUGAAACUUUGGCCACAAGAUAUGGGCUUAGCGAGAGACCAGACACAUUUUUACUUCAUGCAAAUGAUGAGUGAUAUUCAGGAGUGACUACCAAUGGAGUAAAGUCAGUGGAGCUCAAGUCAUCCAUCUCCUGUGAGGUUCUGGAGUCGAGUUCAGGCUGAAAACAUAUGAAGUUACUGUUGUGAGAGAUUUCACUGUUCUGUAUAAUUUUUUGCAUGCAUGGAUGUGAAAUAUGUGUGGAAAACUAUGUCAGAAAUUGUCAACAGUCAACAGUUUGGUUCGUACAUUGAUAGAUUGUUCAUCUUGUUUAUAUUAUGAUGUAAUGAGCACUGCUGCAGUUCAUUUAAAAACACUGUCCUGUGCAGAAUGCUUAUUUUAAAAGGCAAAAAUAACUUAUUCCUUGUCAAAUUAGAAUGAUAUCUUAGUUUUGCCAUGCGAUUUUUACAUCUGUGAUCAGAAUUGAACAAUUAUGGCCAAUUGUGCAGUCCACCAAUAAUGUCACGCCUAUAGCGACAUAUAGAACAAGGAAUACAACAUCAAGGGAUGUCGCUGGCGGUGUGUAAAAGUUUAAUAUGUAGUGUAUGGUGUAAUGAUUGUACAUCAAGUCUGCCCUACAAAGCAAAAAGGCAGUAACUACGCAGAGUGCAGAAUGGAUUUUACUGUACUCAUGCUUAGUUUAACUAGGGCUUUUUGCAGUUACUGUACAAAUGACUACCAUUUUUCUCCAAAACGACACACAUCUGAGAUAAGAUGUUUUGUCACAUAACAAAGGAUGCCUUGAAUGUCAUGAAAAUGAUAAUAACUCAUUUUUGACCAAAAAUGCAGUUACUGCCUUUUUGUUUUUUAAGGCAGAAGUGUGACCUCUGCACAGAGUAAGAUGUAUUUUAAAACUGUAUUUUUAAUCCAAUCAAAUGGAAUCGACUUUGUAUCUCAA